ACAACUUCAUUGGCAGAAAUAGUCCGAGAGAACAGACGAGAGAGACCGAACGGAGACGAAAACCGAGUGCGCAAAUAACUCGUGGCGGCGGCGGGUGCCUGCGUUUCCUAAUAGGUGUCCGUUUCAAAUAAUAUCAAAGCAAGAAGUUUCACUUUCCACAGGCGGAUGGGUGACUAUCGCUCUCGGCGGCGCUUUGUGAGGAGGAGAUGAUGAAGAAUUUCAGCAACAGUCCCCUUCACAAUAACCAGACUCCAAACCACAUUAGAGAUUGGAACAACAAAAAGUUUGGUUUUCUCUCGGCGGUUCUGUUACGUUUUUCCCUGCGAGGUUAUGGUUUUUGCAUGGCUAGUCUAUUCAUCUUCUGUUUUGGGUCUCUGUUUUACCAGUUGAACGGAGGACCCCCCAACAUUCUACUGGACAUCCGACAGUAUCUCGGAGAAUCCACAUAUCUCGAUGACCACGGACCCCCAGCUCCCCGCGUGCUGCCGUUCCCCAGUCAGGUGGUGUAUAAUCGUGUGGGGAAGUGUGGCAGCAGGACGGUAGUCAUCCUACUAAGGUUACUGGCAGAGAGACACCAGUUCAACCUGGUCUCCUCAGACAUCCACAACAAGACACGCCUCACCAAACAUGAACAGGUGGACCUUAUGAGGAACAUCAGCAACAUCCCUCAGCCUUUCCUGUACACCAGACAUGUCCACUUUCUCAACUUCACCCGGUUCAGGAUAGAGCAGCCCGUCUACAUCAACAUCAUACGGGACCCCAUUAACCGUUUCCUCUCCAACUACUUCUUCCGACGUUUCGGGGACUGGAGGGGGGAGCAGAAUCACCUCAUCCGAACACCAGGGAUGAAAGGUGACGAGAGAUACCUGGACAUCAAUGUGUGCAUCCUGGAGAAUUACCCAGAAUGCUCCAACCCCAGACUCUUCUACAUCAUCCCAUAUUUCUGUGGACAGCACCCCCAGUGCAGGGAGCCGGGACAAUGGGCACUGGAGAGGGCCAAACAGAACGUUCUAGAGAACUUCCUUAUUGUGGGGAUCCUAGAGGAGCUGGAAGAUGUCCUGCUUCUUCUAGAGAGACUGUUACCUCACUACUUUACUGACGUACUCAACAUCUACAAGAGCCCAGACUACAGGAAGAUGGGGAACAUGACUGGUACGGUACGUAAACACACACCCACUCUGGAGGCCCUUCAGGUUCUGUACCACCGCAUGCGCUACGAGUACGACUUCUACAACUUCAUCCGAGACCAGUUCCACUUGAUGAAGAAGAAGAUUGGCCUCAAAUCGGUCCCCCGACCACCUUCCCACCAGGCCUCCUUCCUAAGAGACCUCUCCCUCCGAACCCCAGAGCCCCUGGAUGAAGAUGAGGAGCUGGAGACCGACCUGGAGGAUGCCAACAGCUGGUUGGUCCAGCCCUGACCAAUGCAGUGGUGACUGAGGACUUUACUUGCAUCUGGUUGGCUGGAGGUGGCAUGAUAAAGGGGCGGGGGAUGUGCCCUGUCUGUCAACAUUCCCAGGAGGACGAUUGGUUGGGGGUGUGUGGAUCCUGAUGCCUGUGUUUUUACAGGCUACAUAUUCCGUUCAUCUUGGACUCUCUACUCACCGCUGAGAACCUUAGGAGUGGGCUCUGAUUCUCUGCUACCACUGAGGACCUUGGGAGUGGGCUCUGAUUCUCUGCUACCACUGAGGACCUUGGGAGUGGGCUCUGAUUCUCUGCUACCACUGAGGACCUUGGGAGUGGGCUCUGAUUCUCUGCUACCACUGAGGACCUUGGGAGUGGGCUCUGAUUCUCUGCUACCACUGAGGACCUUAGGAGUGGGCUCUGAUUCUCUGCUACCACUGAGGACCUUAGGAGUGGGCUCUGAUUCUCUGCUACCACUGAGAACCUUAGGAGUGGGCUCUGAUUCUCUGCUACCACUGAGGACCUUGGGAGUGGGCUCUGAUUCUCUGCUACCACUGAGGACCUUGGGAGUGGGCUCGGACUCUCUGCUACCACUGAGGACCUUAGGAGUGGGCUCUGAUUCUCUGCUACCACUGAGGACCUUAGGAGUGGGCUCUGAUUCUCUGCUACCACUGAGAACCUUAGGAGUGGGCUCUGAUUCUCUGCUACCACUGAGGACCUUAGGAGUGGGCUCUGAUUCUCUGCUACCACUGAGGACCUUAGGAGUGGGCUCUGAUUCUCUGCUACCACUGAGGACCUUAGGAGUGGGCUCUGAUUCUCUGCUACCACUGAGGACCUUGGGAGUGGGCUCUGAUUCUCUGCUACCACUGAGAACCUUAGGAGUGGGCUCUGAUUCUCUGCUACCACUGAGAACCUUAGGAGUGGGCUCUGAUUCUCUGCUACCACUGAGGACCUUGGGAGUGGGCUCUGACUCUCUGCUACCACUGAGGACCUUGGGAGUGGGCUCUGAUUCUCUGCUACCACUGAGGACCUUGGGAGUGGGCUCGGACUCUCUGCUACCACUGAGGACCUUGGGAGUGGGCUCGGACUCUCUGCUACCACUGAGGACCUUGGGAGUGGGCUCGGACUCUCUGCUCACCGCUGAGGACCUUGGGAGCGGGCUCGGACUCUCUGCUACCACUGAGGACCUUGGGAGUGGACUCGGACUCUCUUCUACCACUGAGGACCUUGGGAGUGGACUCGGACUCUCUGCUACCACUGAGGACCUUGGGAGUGGACUCGGACUCUCUGCUCACCGCUGAGGACCUUCGUUGUGGGCGGAUGGAUGGACGAACUGACAUAUUUAAAGAUUGACUACAAUAAUGGAUGGGGGGGGGUUGCUUUAAAAAGCUCACUUUGCUUGUUUUAAGGUUUUAUUUUUGUUUUGUUGGUUUGAGGCCGUCCUGUUUGGGUUAUCUCCAGGUGAGAUAAGACAAAAGGGAUUUGGACCUAUGAACAUUUUAAAUGUUGAGGGGAGGGCUACAUCUUAGGAUCAGGAAAAAUUCAGACACCAACAUAGGUGCAGGGAUGAUGGGGGUGAAGGAGCGUGUUGAGGAGUGAGAGAGCAGGGAAGAGACAGAGAUGAUGGGGGUGAAGGAGCGUGUUGAGGAGUGAGAGAGCAGGGAAGAGACGGGGAUGAUGAAAUUGGAGGGGUUGUGUGUAACAGGUCUACUUUUAGUGCUUGACCACUCUGUCUCUCCCUGUCUCUCCCAGCCUCCUUUUCUCCCUUUAUUUUCCUCUUAUUUUCUCUCUCUCCCUCACACUCUGCCUGCUUUAAGGGCCCUUAUUUUCUCUCUCUCCCUCACACUCUGCCUGCUUUAAGGGCCCUUAUUUUCUCUCUCUCCCUCACACUCUGCCUGCU